UGUUUCCGGUGUCUUAUAACAUUGUACUUCCUUCCACACAGACCGACACGAACAAAUCGAGAAGGAAGACGUCGCCAACUUUUAAAUGCCGUCGUCAGCGGUCGCGUUUUGAGCUCAUUCUCUCGUUUCGUUUGCAUCGUAAAAUGCGCGGCGCGUGGCGUGGUGGCGUCUGAGAAUAGAAGAACUGUUGACAAACGCAGACCGUAACGUGUAGGCCUCCCGAAGAAAGUUUGGUCGAGGGCCUGUAAACAACAUGUCCUCCGCCUCGCAGCCUUCCUCCAGACGGCAGUGGUGCUACCUCUGCGAUCUGCCCAAGAUGCCCUGGGCCAUGCUGUGGGAGUUCAGCGAGGCCGUGUGCCGGGGAUGUGUCAACUACGACGGGGCGGACAGAAUAGAGCUCCUCAUCGAAACUGCCAGGCAACUGAAGAGCACGCACGGAGUUUUAGACGGCCGGUCCCCCGGUCCUCAGCAGGGCAAACCCAGCUCGACCGGGCCCCUUGAAGCAGGGCGGCAGCAUGGAGAGCGUAUGGAUAGGGGGAGGGGUGAGUAUGGGGUAUCUUCUCGCCUCCCCAAUGGACUGCACAGAGCUGAAGAUGUGGCACUGUCAGAGGGCAGCAGACACAGCCCAAACACACGCCGGGCUAUUGUUGGGGCAGUUCCUAGUCUCCAUGGCACCAUAUCCCAUGCCUUGAUAGCUCAGGGGUUAGUAGCUGCCCCUCAUGGGCUUCUAGCCCCCAUGUCAAGCUCCAGGGCAGGGGCCACGCCAAUCGCUGUCUCAGCUGGCCCCAUAAUGGGUGACUCUGGCAGAAGACAGGUAGUGGCCCUGGGCGUGGGAGCUAGCACCUCUGCUCUGGUGGGUAUAGAUCCUGCAUUGUGGAGGAACAAUGAAGUGAUGGCGGAACUGAAUGAGGUGGCUCGUUGCAGGGUUGAAGGCUGGCCCAACCGCCCCAAAGCGGUCCGGGACGUGCUCGUAGCUCUGAGCAGCUGCGUCCCUUUCAACGUGCGCUUCAGGAAAGACCACAACCUGAUGGGCCGCGUUCUGGCCUUCGACACCAGCACAUCGCCAGAGUUUGAGCUCAAGGUGUUUGUGGAGUACCCCGCUGGCUCCGGGAUGAUCUUCUCGGGAGUCCCGGACCUGGUCAGGCAGAUGUUCCGCGACUCGGCAAAAGACGCAGGUAAAGCGGUGAACUCUGGGCUGCGCUAUGUGGAAUACGAGAAGCGGCAGGGCACGGGAGACUGGCGUGGGCUGUCUGAACUGCUGAACGACGGCGUGCGCAUGUUCAAAGAGCCCCCGAUUCCAGAGGUCCUGCCCCAGCUGGAUGCAGGGUUGCCCAUGGCAACCAUCGGACGCUCUGUACCGGCAAAGAGCACAACUCGCCGCCGCAAGGCCUCUCCGGGCUCCGAGAAUGGGGAGAGUGAAGGGAGGCCUGAUCACCCGGCAAGAGAGCCAUGGCCCCGGGGCGCGUACUCCGGCAUGGAACCGCUCCCUGGCAUGGCUGUCCCACAAGAAGGCCCGCCCCGUUUACACAGCCAGCCCUCGCCCAUCUCGGCGCUCAUGGGAGUCGCAGACAGCCUGAGCUCCAGCCAGAUGGCCAGAGAUAGCCCCGGCAUGUCGACAGCCCACUCCUCCUCAGCCGGGCGCCCAACCAGCGGCAGCCCCUCCACCGCCUCCACCUCAGUCUCCCAGGCAGCCUUGGGGCAGGGCUUGAGUGCGGCGCAGAGCAGCAACACCAGUGCCGGGGAGUCCACGAGCAACGCCCAGGGCACCCUGCUCUGCUGCACCCUCUGCCGAGAGCGCCUGGAGGACACCCACUUUGUCCAGUGUCCCUCUGUCCCGCACCACAAGUUCUGCUUCCCCUGCACCCGGGGGUUCAUCCGCAGUCAGGGUCAAGGCGGGGAGGUGUACUGCCCCAGCGGAGAACGCUGUCCCCUGGCCGGAUCCUCCGUGCCCUGGGCCUUCAUGCAGGGAGAGAUCUCGACCAUUCUGGCCGGAGACGGAGACGUGACUGUGAAGAAGGAGAGCGACCCUUGACGUCUCUAUCUUGUUGUGGUGAAUGUGGAUCAAACACUUUGAAAGCACUUCCCUAUUAUCUCAAGAAGAGGUCCACUUCGGCUGCAGUUCAUCAUGUGUGCCUCUGAGAACAGAAUGACUCUGAACCCCAGGAGAACAGCUACACACACAAACACACACACACCGCUAACUAAAGAAGAGGGACGCGUCCGUCUGCCGGGGCGGAGGGCCCUCGAUUCACCUGCGAAGGCCGGGCUGCUUGCGACCCAGCCGAAUAUAGUCCUGAACCAAAUCUCUUCCCCUCUUUGUUUCAGAGCAGCAGAGGCCUCGUCAAAGCCCAGGAUAGAAAGCACACGCUUGUUUUAGAAACGACAAUCUGUUUUGGUCCGUUUGUUUUUGUUCUACGUGUUGUCCCAUGCAGACAGGACAGUGACAUUGGACAGAAUCAUGCAAUUCUUUCUAAAAAAACAAAUGAAUGUUCAAAAUGUGGCAAAACCAAUUGGUCCUUAAAAGCCAAGGAUUGGAUUUUAAACAAAACAAAAAAAAUGUAAUCCCACAAUGUCUCUUAGGUAUUCUCCUCUUAUUGUAUGUCAAAUGUGAAUUUUCUUUCAAUAUGGCUGUCAUUUCUAUUUUUGAUACAAUUCAAAUUUCUAUGUAUUUGUUUAUAGUGAUAAGAAGACCAAAGAUGGCUUCAUGCUCAAUGUAAUUUUAUUGUAUUGUAGCCGUGUAUGCUGUACUCACUGAUGACCUCAGCGUCAGUCACUAAUUUGUUCAUCUAUCACAGAUAAGCUUGUCUUUUUGUCUAUUUACUUUUCUCUCUUUUUUUAUUGUAUGUAUGGUAAGAUAAUUAGCACCACAAUCUUCAAUGGUUAACCCACAUACUCAUGUGACCUGAACAGGUCAAUUCUACAAUAAAUUACAAAAUAGUUACGA